UUGUAAUUUUUGUGGUAGUAAAGGUCUGUGUAAGAAAUCCAAAACUUCUUUUCCAGGACGUUUUGCAAAUAACAUCGCGCGAUAAGUUAGCGUUAAUCUGGGCUAUAACAUACGAGUUUACAAACCUCUAAAUUGUGCCAGAUGCCUUUAAUUUGUUAACAUUCUGAUUGUUUUAUGGUGGAAAAAGGGAUCGUCAAAGUAUCCGAAAAUAGAAUCGGUAAACGGACCAAAACCCACACUUCAUCCACUUUUUCUUUUUUCGCUUUCGCAUUUUUUGCUGAUUGGGACAUUUAGGUAUCCGCAAAUAUACACAUGAACGAAAGACAUUAUUGGCUCAUGAAUAUAAGUACAUACAUAAAUACAUACUCCAUAUUUGGAAUCUUCAAUACACUGACCAACAGGUAAAUACUGGUCGCUCUAGCAGACCACAAACAAACAAACAAACAAAAAAUCAAAGGAAGUAAUUUCAACACCAGUAGCAAUGGCAACAAAUGGCACACGCCAACUACUUCUAGAUGUGAAUGGCCAAGACCUCAAUCAUUUCAUCAAGAAACUGCUGAACAAUAUAUGCGACUUCUACGAUGAGCAGGACCUCAUAGAUGUAACAUUUAAGUUGUCUAAUCCGACUGCUAUGGUUCCAGCACAUCGCUUAAUAUUAUCAGCGGCAAGUCCAUAUUUUAAAGAUUUAUUCAAAAGCGACAAGGGCCUAACUCCUGUUAUCGAAGUAAAUGACAUAGACAGUGACACCUUUGAGCGUUUAAUAACAUUUUGCUACACCGGCCAAACGCUCGUAACCAUCGAUAAUGUGGACGCAAUGCUGAAGGCAGCACUGUAUUUGAAGUUGGAUGAGGCGGUGGUCAAUUGUGUUGACUAUAUUUUGGAACAUAUAACUGACUAUACACUGCAGCGGGCAUAUAGCUUAGAGCGUGAAACUCAGUGUGUACCACUGUAUGAGAAACUCUUGGAAUAUGAUAUAAAUAAUUUUAUGGAGAUAAGCAAACACCGUGAGUUUCUUAGCUUUGAUGCUGAAAAAUUGCAGGCAAUAAUAGAAAGCCAUAAUUUGAAUGUGACUUGUGAAGAAGAUGCUUUUUAUGCUGUGAAGCAGUGGUAUGAGUACGAUGCUUCUGGGCGGAAACAUAAACUACCAGAUUUAAUCAGUAGAUUACGACUGACCCUUUUUGACACAAGUUUCCUAUUAAGAAAUGUCCAAACACUCCCUGGAUGUGAGUCAUUGGCAUUUAAGGCAACAUCGUGGAUUUCUCUACCUUCGCAACGUGCAUUGAUAUCGUUAAAGUAUACAGAGCCUCGCAGAAAUGUAUGCGUAAAGGAGGAAGAAACAACUUUGCUGGCGGUGCAAGCUUACUGUGAGGAAGAUGCCUUUCAUGCUGUGAAGCAGUGGUAUGAGUACGAUUCUUCUGGGCGGCAACAAAAACUACCAGAUUUAAUUAGUAGCUUGCGAUUGACCAAUUUUGACUUAAAUUUCUUAUUGAGAAAUGUCCAAAUACUGCCUGGAUGUGAGUCAUUGGCAUACAAAGCAAUAUCGUGGAUUUCUCUACCUUCGCAUCGUGAAAUGAUAUCAAUAAAGUGUAAAGAACCUCGCAGAAGUAUAUGCAACAAGUCGGUAGAGACAACUUUGCUAGCGGUGCAAGCUUAUGACUGUAAAGGUACAAUUUUUCAAUAUAACCAACCUGAGGAUGAAUGGCAAAACUACGCUGAAUUCGAACAUGAUGCAAACAGAUACGGCAUGGUUCUUAUGGAAGACAAUAUUAUUUACAUUGGUGGUGUACGAGAUGGCAAAAUAACUAGCGGUGUUGAAAGCUGGAGCUUAAAAACGAAAUCGUGGAAUACAUUGCCUUCAAUGAUUCAGUCAAGAUAUUUUUUAACUGUUGUACUAUUGAAUGGAAAUAUAUACGCGAUUGGUGGAUUGAGCACAGAUAAUCAAUGUACAAAGUCUGUGGAAAAGUAUUCAACCGGUAGCGAAUGGGAAUUAGUUAGCAGUAUGAAUACACCACGAUGCCAGGCAGGCGCAGUGGCGUUAAAUGACAAAAUUUUUGUUUUUGGAGGCUUUGAUGGAAAAUGUCACUUAAAAUCUGUUGAAUGUUACGACCCUUCGUCGAAUACUUGGAUACAGUGCGCGGAUAUGAAUGAAAGUCAUAAUUUUCCUGGGGCAGCUGUACACAAAGGAUGCAUAUAUGUUUUAGGUGGACUUACCGAAAAUAAAAUUGUAGAGCGUUAUGACCCUCAAAGUAACAAUUGGACAAAGGUGAGCUAUUUGCACAUUGGACGUGGAGCGAUGGGUUGUGUUUCAAAAGAUGAUCAACUUUGGGUUGUCGGAGGCGAACAAAACAAAAAUAUGAAAUAUUCCGUAUCAGUUUACUAUCCAGAAUGUAAUAAAUGGGUGAGAAAGAAGUCGGUACCUGUAGCUCAUCGAUAUAGCUGUUAUGUUGUGCCUAAAACUCUACUUCAAAGUGAAUAAAAAAUAUGAAAAUUUUAUAAGUA